GCUCCGCUCACCCCUGCGCGCAGACAGAGCCCCCGCACGCCGCCGCUCCGUCACCAGCUGCCGGACUCACAGUCCACCGGUGGCGUGCACCACCUGCACCGAGUCACGGUAUCGGAACACCACCCGCCUCCCCAACCCACACACACACACAUUCUCACACCAUCCACACACACACACACUCCCCUCCCUCCUCCCGUGGCCAGUGUUGCGCUUCUGCUGCAGCGUCCAAGUUCAGGUGAGCGCUGGUCUCCGGCACAACAAGUCCCGACGCACAGACCGGGAUGCUCGCUCCCUCCCUCCCGUCGGAUGGGAUGCUCUAGAUGGGCCGCGCAGGAUGUGAAGCCCCGCUAGAAGAAGCAGGAGGAGGAUGGCCACACCAGUCUCGUCUGCGGCGGUGCUGCUGCUCCUGCUGGGCUUCCUCUCCGCGUCCUCCGUCAAUGCCGACCCCCUGCUGUCAGCUCCGCUCAAUGUGACCAUCAGAGAGCUUGAGGUCAAUUCCGCCGUGGUCACGUGGGAAAUCUUGGAGGGAGACCCCGUUAUUGGAUUCGCCAUCACCCAGCAGAAGAAGGACGUACGCAUGCUGAGGUUCAUCCAGGAGGUGAACACCACCACACGCUCCUGCGCACUGUGGGAUCUUGAUGAGGACACCGAGUACAUCGUCCACGUCCAGAGCAUCAGCAUGGGAGGCAGCAGCCCCCCCAGUCAGCCCGUUCUCUUCAGGACGCCCAAAGAGUCGGAGAAGAUGGCGUCCAAGAGUCCAGACGAGGUGACGAUGGAGGAGUUUGGUCACGCUGCCCAACUGAGGGCCGGAGAACUCAUCAUCAUUGUGGUGGUGCUCAUCAUGUGGGCAGGUGUGAUCGCCCUGUUUUGUCGUCAGUAUGACAUCAUUAAAGACAAUGAGCCCAACAACAACAAGGACAAAGCCAAGAACUCCUCAGAGUGCAGUACUCCUGAGCACCCACAAGGGGGGCUACUGCGCAGCAACGUCUGAGACCAGCCCCGCAUCGCCUUGCAAUAACCAACUCCUUGUACCUCAGGACAGGAACAUUGUUUUUUCCAGACCCUGAGACCAACAGAAAGCCAUUGUCAGACACCAUCCCACUGAAGAAAAGAUUAACCAUCACAGAAGCUUCACACAAUGAAGAACUCUUGAAAUACAAAAGACACAAACGUGAACUUGAAGAAUCACAGGCUACAAACAGUCCAACAGGAAACAGAAGAGGACAAAUCCACUUUCACCUUUGUUGUGCCCAAAACUGGACUGUAGCCUACUUUUUGUGGGCGGCCGAUAUGACAGAACAUGAAAUGGCUUUCAGUCAAGGCACCAGUGGGGACUCGAGUUUCUUCUUGACGAGAACUGCUUGAUUCGUACGUUCUGGUUACUCUUCAUCAGUGGCAUCAAAUCCCAGGAGUGGAUCAUCAAACAUGAAUGUCUGUUGUUUGUAUAUUCAACUGAAGGUCAGAGAUGGCAGAGAUGUAGUCUGUCUCACCGGAACAGCUGGUCCUUUAGGCCCAGGUAUUAGUCAGCACACAACAAAACAAGCGACAAAAACACAAGAACUUUCUCUUUUUCUAUCUGUCCACCCGUCAUAGCCUCGUAUUUUUUGUCUUGACCACAGCCCUCCGUGUAGCAGCUCAUCUCUCUCCUCGUCUUUCUGUGUCUGUGUUUCUCUAAUAAGCACAUCACCAUUUGGUGCUCCUCCUACUGUGAUUGUUUGAGCCCUCACAAUCCCAGUCUUGAUUAUGGUAUCAUUUUGACACUGUACACCGAGUCUUACUCUCUGUCAUCAGUUAAAUGAUGUGUUUAUUUUUUCUGUCUGGAACUGGAACCUUAAAGCCCUGUCAGUGCGGAGAUACAACGCCAUCUAUUUAUUUUACUUUCAAAGCAUCCCAUAUUUUGUUUAUUUGAGUUGAGUGACGUCUGAAUACAGACAAAGUUGAAGGAUUGGCCAGGAUUGGUCAUCAAAGUAAUUUUUUUUACUCCAAAUCUAAAUUUUACAACACACUUGAACUUUGAAAGUUAUCAAAAAAAAUUAUGCAGGUUCAUAUUGAGGGUUAUUGUUGAGCGCUGCAUAUUCAGCACCAUAUGCUGUGUGUGGUCUGCAGCGGGAUGUGCAGGGAAUAAGGAUGGAGAUAUGCAAAGCAUCGUUCCUUAAUGAAAAGAACAUACAGGGCCAAGUUUGGUUUGGGUUUCCACUGUGGUUUGGCUGGAGACCAGCAGGGAUGCCAGGCUGCGGAGGCACACAGCUGUCCCAUUUGGCCGUGUGGCUGAAUCCCUGUUUUGAAAUGUAAACCAUUUCUACUCAUAUCCCACAAUCUUGGGAUAGAGUGAAAAUACAUUAUAUCCAGAGGAGAACGUGAUCAAACUGCCAUACAACUGCAAGUACCAGUAAAUGUUACAUGAACAUGUAUCUCAAUCAGUUGGUUAAAGGAAUGUCCAGUGGACCUGGCACAGUGAAAAGUCAGCACAUACGACUAUGAUUUGAAAAGUGUUCCAACCUCCAUAGUGGUCUGGCGGUCUGAUAGUUUAAUAUCCUGGAAAAUAUACUCAUCACUCUUCUCGGUGGUUCCUCCAUCAGCCCCUGCGAUGACUCGCCCUACCCCCACUUAAUGUGAAAUAGCUGCUUCUUUGAGAAAAAGUUGAAUGGUCAGGCCUAAGUACAUAAAAAAAAAUUGGGAUCGACGCAAACUACUAAGGGCACAUCAGCAAGACUCAUGGUGGCAUGGCACACAUAUAUAGUAGAGUACAAGGACGAUGAAAGUUCUAAUAAUAGCUCAUUGUGUGUUUUAUUAUUCGGCUGGUAGUAGUCCCCAACAAAUGUAGUGCUAUCUUCCUUUUCGAGUUACAUUCAUUCCAAACUACAAUACCUUGCUCUGCAAAGGAAAAAAUGGGCUUGGGGUGAGUGCCACAGACUGGGUAAGGACGUCGGAAAGUGUUGAGAGACAGAUUACCACAUUGUAGAAUUUGGUGUUUUCAUAGGUUGACAAAAAGAAAAUGAUGGAAUUAUGGCAGCAUAAUCCAAACGAUAAACUAAUGAGUGGAUACAAUCAUUGUUAUUUGCAGCCAUAGAUCUUAAGCUCAAAUGGACAUCCUCGCAUUAAAAUAGAAAUCAUAGCGUCCUCGCUGAGUCACCUCAGUUACCACUUCAUCAAGGGUUUUAUGUGAGAGCGUAAAGGACGUUAUCACUGUAGUCCAGUUAAAGCCUCGUUAUCUUCUUCAGGGCUUCCUGUUCAAUUAUUCUGUGUUACCCACAUUAUUACAGAGAUAUUGGACGCCAGCCGCCGGAUAGCGUUGCCCACCAUUUGGGUUCACUAGAAAGUCAGACAGAAAAACACUGCAGAGCUGAACUCGGCAGAGUUAGAGAUAAUUAGUGAAUGUCUGAAUACCUCGCAGGUUGAGAUGACUGCUAAUCAGCUCCACAUACGCACUCGCUUGCACUUUCUGGAUUUAAAAGCUGCCUGGCGUAUUUAAAUGCCGCCCUGUGCUGAGAGAGACAGCCAUUACUUUCCUCAUCUCAGUCAUCAGUUCUGCAAGAACAAUGAUCCCUCACCCUGCCAUCCAUUUUUCACCCUCUCCUUAUCAGCCUCCCUCUUUCCUCACUCUAUCUCCAGCCGCCUUCACUCUCCCAUUUAUGGCUUUUCCCUUCACUUUCUAUCUCACUGUCGCAAUGCUGUCUUUCUCAUAUAUCAUGGCACCCUUCCUCGUUUCCCCCUUCACCGGUCCUCUCCCCUGUUUCUCAUUAUAUCCACUCUUACUCACUAUCCCUUUCUGCAUCAGCUCUCCUCUCUCGUUCUUUCUGCUCCGACUAUAGACCGCUGCCUAUCGCUCGCACCUCUGCUCAUUUAUCACCUUUUUGUCUCGGACUGGACAGGAUGGACCUGGUAAACAAGUGGGAGUGAAAUAGGAGGAGGGAGGGAGUGAAUGAAAGAAUCAAUAAAAGAGGAGAACUCAAAGGAAAGUGAGUGGAAGAAAAGCACUAUUUACACUAUUAACAAGCACAUAUGGUAUCAAAGUGUAUUAAGAGCAAUACUCAGCAUUUAAACAGUUUGGUGGAUGGCUUCAUUGUUUUUUUUUAACCUAUUCCAAAAUGCAGAGUGACUCUAUUCUCUAAUAUAAGUUGCAAAUGUUAGCAUGUUCAGCUAAACAAGUUGUGUUUUAAAUAGAGCAUGUAUAUUCUAGUAUUAAGUGGAAGCUGGUCCUGGAUCCUAUUAAGAUAAUGCUCGAGGCUAUGUCCUGCAGAUUUAACUGUAAAUGUAACUAAUGUUACCUGAGCUAGCGCUAUAUUUGCGGAAACAAGACGGUUAUUACUCAUCCUAAAACCGCAAAAUUGUGAACCGCAAAUAAGUUUUAGCCACAGGCUGCGUGAUGUUUCUGCAGUCCAGCUUUCCAGUAACAAAAUCCUCAACAUCUUGCAUGUGUUUGAACACAGAAGGAGUAAAUCUGAAAUCCAGGGAUGUUGAUGCCUUAUCCAUGAUCUCAUGAACCAGGUACUGCUGUCGGUACAUUUCUUUUAGUGUUUGAAAGCCGUGUGGCAGCCCCCCUCCAUCUUCCAGGCGGCGGGGAAUCUUUCUCAGUCUUGGAACAGUUGGGCUCUCCAGGUUCUGCAGGUGGCUGCAGGUGCAGCUGGCUCUUUUCGAGUGCAGCACUGCCAAUUUCCAUUCAAUAAUUUCAGCAUGACUUUCAGCGUGUAAAAGCAGGCCAUUCACUUUUACCUCCUGUGUCCCCUUUGUCCUCGAGGAAAUCCAUUAGCGCGCUGUAGUUGGCAGCAAUGGAUUGUAAGGAGGCCCCUUUCAAAGUAAAGCACAUCAGGGCACAGGGGCGUCAAAGACGGUGCUUCUUUGACGUGAACUCAUGGAACCAUGUGAGAUUCAUUUGGCGAGUUUCUGAUUAGUGUUAUCAAUUCACAAGAUGUGCAGAGUGGAUGCAGCUCAGGGCUCCUGCACGCGAGCCUGCAGACCCGUUCUUAUGCCAGACACAUUUGACCCACAUUUACUGACUGGUAGUGAGACUCUCAUCAGGACAUCUUUAAACAGCUGGAAAAGUGUGUCUCCUGUUGUUUUGGAUGUCUCAUAAAUUCCAAGAAAAAGCUCCUCUGACUCUAGAUUUUCAGUCACAACAUGAAAGCAGACAGACAGACCUGCUUAUUGAUUGGGAUGUCGGCUGUAUCGUCCAUAAUUACUGAGAAAACUUUAUUUCUUCACUCGCCGUUCUCAAGCACGUCAUGGACCAUAAUUUUAGUCACCUUGCUUAUGAUAUCAUGAGAUAGCCACUUGCACUCCUUGCAAGCCAGCUAUGAGCGUAACUCUGGAAUAUCUUGAGUACGCAAGUUUAGCAACUGGGUCGAGUUGGACUCCUCGUCUGUUUUUCCUCUAAUGGCCAAUCCCUGACACGAAACAUAUUGGAUGGAGGAAAGAAUACCCAAUAAAGCUUGCCUCGCAUCAGCCAUCUGUUUUUGCUGGAGGAAUAAAAAAAAAUGCAGGAAUAGAAGCAGCCACGUUAACUACCGCGUUAGCAGUGGCAACGAUGCUAACAGCAGCUCCAUGCAGGUUUGACUUUGCGUAGAGUCUGAAUCGUUCCACUGCUUUAGCCCAACUGGAAAAGCCAUUUCUAACAAAGGUUUCAAAGACUCCAUAUCGUGUUCUGUGGCCAGAGACAGCAUUUUUAAGAAACUCAUGGCGAAAAGGUUAGCUUUAUUUUGGUUGACAUAGCAACAGGUAUCUUUUUAAGCUAAAAAAACAUUUUCACACUAUUCCCUAGCUUGACAGGUGUAACUAGGGGAUAGGGCUUUGUUAUCGGUCGCUUAAAAAUCGUUUAAAGUGGUUAACUAAAGAGUAUUAGCAAAAUAACAUGAUAAAAAAGUUAUAUAAGAGAAACGUAAAAUGCCCUAAUGUUUGUGCCCGUCUUCCUGUGGUGUAACCGCUUUACUGUACUGCAAUGAUGUACAACUAUAGGGAAUCAUGACAUCACUGAUGGUGACAUCGUGGUCAAACAUCAAAAACUUUUUCAAGGUUUCCACCAAAGGCAGCAGUAAAGCUCAUUAGAUGAAUCCACGCACCAGUCUCUCAAACUGUAAGAACGGGAGUAAAACGUGUGACUAGAAAUAGAGAGAGAUUAGAAGAAAAGCCUGUGUAGAAUGAAUAAAUGACUCCAGUGUUGUGGUUGGCCAUUAACUCGAGUUUGUUUUAGAUAGAAACCAUUUUGAAAAAGGCAGAGAAGUGCUUCCCACCUGCACACAAACAAACAGAAAGAGACUAAAAGAGAAGACUUGUGAUUAUAUGAAGUUUAUGAUGCUACUUGUGAUUGAUCAACACAAACUGUUCUGUUCUAAAUUUCUCAAUAAACCGGUUGCACGGGGAUAAAAAUCAGCGGGAUGUAAAUCUGAUAUAGUGGGUGAUAAAAGUACAAAUGUGCUGUAAAGCUAUAAUAGCACUGAACCUCAAGUGGUAUUACUUUCCACUGGUCUAAUCCAAGUGCACAUACACACUCACUUAAAACACUGGCUCCCACACAGAGCCCAUUCUCCGGCUGGCUGGGGACCAAACUGUCACACUGAGGGAAGCAGCAGAAGGCGGGUCUGGCUCCGACAGCUCGGUCUCUGUCUAUCUGAGGCUGCAGGAGGCGACUCAACAGCUGCUCAUGGUGAACAUCCAAUGAGGCAUGUGAGAAUAUGGAGACUGAGACGGACAGAAAAUCCUAAAGACGGACAAACAGAGGCAGAGAGGGGAGGGGGAGGGAAGAUGAGUCAGAGGGAGUAAAACUGCAAGAGACAGGAGAGAGAAGAUCAUUACACCCUGUGGAUCUCAAAACUCCAAGUUAAUUCCAGUAUGAUGAGAUAUUUGAAUGUUAAUAGGAUUCUCAGUUGAGUGGCAUUGUCUUGAUUUGAGUACAUCAUUGGAGGAGUGAAUAUUGAGAGUCACCGCUGUGGAAUUUCUGUGUCUGGGAGAAGUGCUCCAGCUUCCUCCCACAGUCCAGACAUGCAGAUUAGGUUCGUUUGAGACUCUAAAACUGACCGUAGGAGUGAAUGGUUGUUUGUCUGUAUCGUGAUACGCCGGAGACCUGUCCAAGGUGUACCGCGCCUCUGGCCAAUCGUCAGCUGGGAUUGGCUCCACCUCCCUCCGCAACCCUCAAAGGGAUAGUGUUAGAAUAGAUAAUGGGUGAAUGGAUGGAUGGAUAUUGACAUAACAAAGUGUGUGUAAAGUAAGAGCUAGAAGUACACGUGAAUACAUUUGACAGUGGCCAAAUAAUGUCUGCUUCUUGUACCAAACAUUCUUUGCUGCAGGAAACAACCUUGGAUUUUUGGCAACCAGGUGCUUGGCCAUGUCUACAUGUAUAAAUGUUUAGCACACUGAUAAAUGUGUAAGAUUUACUUGAUCUAAUUAUAAGAAAUGUUCCAGUUGUGCUGUUUUUGUUCCACAACAUCACCUUGAGUUUCUCAGUAACCUCAGCCUUAAACCCAACUCCUGCUCACCCCAUCUCCAUGUGCCAACCGAACGUUACCAUGUUGUCAUCGCACUUUGUUCACACUAGUUUGCCUGUAAUGUAGAUGACUGGACGAGUAACUUCUGAAAACCUUGAACUACUUACCCCAUAAGGCCCCACACAUAGUAAAGGAAGGGACCUUUUAUACUUAUGGCGUAUGUUUGUACUGUAUGUUUCAGCAAAUAACCAAGAAGCAUGGAUUUACAGCAGAAUAAUGGAGUCAGUGUUUUAUGUACAAUCAUGUCUGUGUUGUCCAUUUUGAUGUUUAUGGGAUAAAACCUGUUCAUGAGGGCUAGCAUGACUCUGCUAACGUUCACAUCCAUGGUACACCUACACACACACACACCCACCCACCCACUCACCCACACACACAUGCACACACUCAUGUCUUUCUAUGGUUGUGAGGACACUCACUGACACGAUGCAUUCCCUAGCUCACAACUAAAUGUCUAAACCUAAAUUAAAUUGAACCCGAGCACUCAAACCAAUGAAUUUGUGAGGACCAGCUAAAAUAUCCUCACAUUAAGAUAGUCCCCUCACAACUAUAAAGACAAGUACACACACAAACACACACAAACACACAUGUAUAUACUAUUUCUAUGAAAAUAUAAAUGUCUAAUUAUGUAUUAACACAGGAAAAAAAUAAAGUAUUUUCAAAGCACCA